UGGAGCUUCCCACUGUUGUACGGUGUACAUUUUAGGACAUCCUCGUAGUCAGAGUCAGGUGUCAAGUAUCAGGAAAAAGUUGUCAGAUGUUAGUGUCAGAGUCAGGAAAAAAGUUGUCGGAGUCAGAAAAAAAGUUGUCAGAGUCAGAGUCAGAAAAAAAGUUGUCAGAGUCGGAGUCAGAAAAAAAGUUGUCAGAGUCGGAGUCAGGAAAAAGUCGUCGGAAAAAAAGUUGUCAGAACGACAGCUAUGUCACUAAAAUGCGACAACGCUGUACCAUACAUCACACAGUCCGCGACGAAGGCCAGUCAAACGUCUCAACCACGGGAAACGGUAAGACUGCCUGUUGUUCAUUUUGAUAAUAAAACUUGACAAAAACUAAACAAACAAACGUAUGCAUAGCACUGUAAUAGCAUGUAAAUGCAUAUGAAUGUUUUUAAAUUACAAUGUUUGCUCUGUAUCUUUAUUUAGUUUCAAUGAUAGUCAGCAGAAAGGUUUAAACACUGCACUCUGAGAUUCAUGCACAAUGAAUGGGGGACCCGCUACGAUAAUAAUAAUAGCAUGGCUCGAAAUAUGUGCAUGCAUUACGAUUAAACACGCCAAUCUGAUUUGAGAUAUACGCCGAAUGAAUGGGGACCAUGUAAUGAUAACGACUAAAGCUACGAUAAAAGCAGUAAUUGUAGGCGUCUUUGGCUGUAAAUAACCACCUGUAGAGUCAAAUAGAUGAUUUCACAGUGGCAUUAAUUUAUUUUGCUAAUAAUUCAUUGUCAACUACCUAUUUCAGAAAAUGGAAAAAAUAAAACGCUACGAGGAGCUGAGGAGAGAGCUUGACAAUGGUAACAUUUCUUAUCCAUCAACAACACCACAUUUGUUUAAUAUUAUCACUGCAAUGUAUAUCAUUCUUUCAGGCGAAAUCACCCAGAAAGGUUUUGACGCCAGAGUCAAAACCCUGCUGUCCAGCGCACAGAGAGAGGGGACAGCACAAGUCUUCAAAGCAGACACAUCAGCUGAGAGCAGAGAUGCAAUGAUAGCAUCAUUGUUUCAAAAAGGACUCAAACAGAGAGAAAUUCUUGGCAUGCUGAUGUCAAAUGGAGUGAAAAUCAGUGCGAGACACCUAAGACGGCUUUUGAAAGAACUUGGGCUAAGACGAAGAGGUCUUCAGCGUCCUUUUUUUGAAAUUCAGAAAGCUGUAGAGAGUGAGAUGAAAAAGGGCAGUCCUGAUCAAGGCAUAAGGGCAAUACUGCAGCGUGUCCGUGAUGUCAGGGGAAUACAGCCCUGCUACAGAGGGGAUGUUGCAGAUGCCAUGAGAAAUCUGGAUGCCAGUGGUCUUCGAAGAAGAUACCCUGGCCAGAAAAAAAUCCCACGUAGGAACUACAUUAGCCGUGGCCCAAAUGACACUUGGCACAUUGAUGGUAAUGACAAGCUUAAGUUCUUUGGACUGUGGAUCCACCUUUGUAUUGAUGGAUUUUCAAGAAAAGUGAUUUGGUUGAAAGUUGGCAUAUCUAACAGGAGACCAGCAUUUGUCGGAAGAUAUUUCUAUGAUGCCGUGGUGGAACAGGGGGGUUGUCCCAGUUUGAUUCGGGGUGACCGAGGAAAGGAGAACCUCGUCGUUGGUGAGAUGCAGGUUGCUUUCCACCUAAGGCGAUUAGGAAAUAGGGCAAAGGAAUGUUUUCGAAUGGGGAAGUCUGUGCACAAUCAGAGAGCUGAAUUCUUCAACAGUGUGUUGAAAAAAACCUGGAUAAAAAAAUGGCUGUCAACAUUUGAGACCAUGAUGAGCAACAACAUCCUGGAGUUGGAUAACCCUGUUCACAUCAAUUGCUUGCAGUACACUUAUCUUCCUCUGCUUCAAGAAGACCUUAAGACAGAGCAGAUGAUGUGGAAUAAUCACAGCAUCCGCAAGCAACGGAAAGCUCCAGGUCCAUUUGGGAAGCCUGACGUUCUGUACUCCUCACCGCCUCCUGGCUACACCAACAUGUUGUGGUCUGUGGAUGCAGACCUUCUUGCUCAUGCUGCCGAAAGUAUCUGUGAGAGUGGAGCACCACUGACAGUGGCAAACCAACCAUUUCGGGAUAUAUGUGGAAGCAUCCUGAGGGGCAAGCCUUUCCCUUGUUCGGCAGAUGAGUGUUUGGCUGCAUAUGUCCAGCUCAUCGUGCAAUUUGCCACAGCCAUGGACACCCAUGCCAUUAGCUUACCAACAACAUUUGCUGAGGCCAAUGACAUCUACACAUUUUUGCAUGCAGAAAUGGGAGGACAAUAAAAGU